AGACCGAGUGAGUGUAUUUGUCUUGUGUAUUUUUGUAGGUUUCCUCUCUCUUUCUUUUUCUUCUUAGUAGUAGUUGUCCACUUCUUUCUGCGUCACAGGUAGCGUGCAAUCAUGGAGCUCUCCUUAAGCCAGGCGGCGGACAUCUCGGUCGUCUCGAAAUACUACCCGCCCGUCGCAGCGAGCGCCAUCACCUACGCUGUGAGCAGCUUUCUCCCCUACGCGAACAACUUCCCGAACUCUCGCGCACGUCUCACGCCAAGCCCGGGCGUCGCGGAGCCGCUGCACCUGGAGUGCUUCCUGAUGAUCCGCAAGACGCCCAAGGACGUCGGCACCCCGCUGCUAGUGGUGUUAUCCUUCACCGAUCAGUAUCCGCAGCAGAUCCCGUCAGCCGUGCUGGUGGCCCCGCCGGGUAAGGAGAAGAUUAAGCAGCCCUACCCCGUUAUGUCGCCGGACGGACGCAUUCAGGUCGAGUGCCUCUCCAUUCUGCGCGGGGUGGAGCGGCCGUACCCGCUGCUGGACGUGCUCCUCGCCAUCAGUGAGCAGUUCGAGCUCGAGUACCCGCUGGUCGGACCUGACUACCGCCCUCCAACGACGUCGCCCUCCGCAGCGACGGCGAACUCGACGAUGCAGACGGUCGACCCCGCUCGCAAGGCACUCGUGCAGGAAGCGGCAGAGAAGGUGGUGAUCGAUGUAAAUGAGAAGGCGAGCAACUACCUCGACACCCGUGAGCAGGCCUUACAGUACUUGCAGAAGCUGAACGAGUCCAACCGGGAGCUGCAAAAAGCAAAAGAGAUGCUACAGACGCAUCAGGGGGAGCUGCAGGAGUACGUGCCGAGCGUAAGCAACGUGAGUUCACUGCUGCGGCAGUUGGAAGGGCACUCCGACACCGUCGAGGAGCACGCCAGCUGCCUGGUGCCGGCCGACCCGUUGCAGGCACGUGCGCUGGAGCUGAUGGCUGAAAUCCACGCCUCGGAUGACCUGUUGGCGCUGCUCGAGGACGGGCUGAAGCGGGAGGUGUUUACGUGCGACGAGUACGUGAAGAACGUGUCAGAGGUCGGCAGGGACCAAUUCGUCUCGCGCUUUCUGUAUUUGCGGGCAUCGGAGAAGUUGAAGAAGUCGGAGCCAGCGGUUCCGUCGCUGUCCAGUCGAACCUCGUCUGGGAUCCCGAGCUCGCCGCCGGACAUCCCGCAGCGGCUGAGUCCGACGCACGCCCUGCACACCGAGUUCCCGUCGACGGACUCGGAGGUGAUUCGCGAUGUGCUGGCCUCCGUGAACAACGACGUGCCCGUCGCUCGCCAGAAGCUGAAGAUGAUGUUUGCCUAA